UGAGUGAGGCUUCUUUAAUUUAAUUAUGCGUAACAGUAUCAACAAACGUUCGACGUAGCUAUGACGAACCUUGUUUAGUUUGAUUCGAACCACUACUGGAAGCAGUAUCUUUAAAACUUAUCUUCUUUUGAGUAUCACCCUACCACAAUUUGACACAUUUUCAGGUUUUUUUAAGUUCUUUAGUAAUUUGCACUUAAGAUCUGCGCGCUAAAUCUAAAAAAGACGAAGAAAGAAACUCAUUGCCGAGAGUCGCUUCUCGUCAUGGAAGAAUCAGGCGACAAACAGGAGGAAAAUUGCACGUUCGAAUCUGCGAACCAGAAGGGACUAUCCAUCGAUAAGAUCGUAGCCGGUACAGAUUCUUUAGAUCCCAAUCGAGUCAACGAUCGCUCAGAGACGGGGAAAAAUGCAGAAAAGACCGUAGAAUGUUCGCAGAUGGUCGAUGGAAACUCGAGUCCUUCGAAAUCGAAGGAAAGUGUUACAGGCGCGAAAGUAAAGCGUAAAUUGAGAUCGACGCGUAGAAAACUGAACGCUAUGAUUAACAAUACGUCGUUACAUUUCUCCGAUACCGAUUCCGAAGGAGAGUUAACGUCCAUUAAUUCUCAAAUCAGAUCAUUGAGUUAUACGGCGGAUGAAGAACAAGGACCGAUUAUCUCUGUAACGUCGGACGACGUGGAGGCCGAAGGCUCCAAGCUUUUGUCACCCGAUGAUAAAGGCUCGUCUCAGCCGAAUAAUUUCAUCGAAAACCUUACGGACGUUGACGAAAUUUAUGCCAGCGAGCCAGAAAACGAGCGAAAGGAGGAUCGGAAUAACCUUAAGGUUGGCAAAACUCCGUGUCAAGGUGAUACGGAUCUCGAGGAUUUCGAAGGCGAAGACGAAGUACACUCGAUGAUUUACGUAAAACCGAGGUGCGAUAUAUUUUGCGACUAUAGCGGAGAAACGAUAACGACGAAGGAAGGUGACGGACCGUUUUCCGUAGAAGUGCGAAAUAAAAUGUAUCGGGAAGAAGAACCGCGAAACGGUUUGGGCAGUAGCAUGCCGGAUAUCGUGGUUAUGUCGAAUACCGACGAGGAAGAUAUGGAUAUAUCCGAGGAGGAAGAUAUGCAAGAAGCCUGUUGCAGUCAUAAAGAAUUGCUCGAAGAUUUGGACGUUCUGGCAGCGUCUCAAGUUAUUAUGAGAAAUAUCAAUAAAAUGGAGAACACGUUAACUGUGAAAGAUAUUGGUGACGACGCGAUCAGCGAUUGUCAUACGGACAUCGAAGAAGUCGAUCCGAAUGAAUAAAUUAAUUCGAAAUGCGUGGAUGACAAAACUGCCGUCCUCGACAUUAUCAUAGACAACCGUAUGGGAUAUUAAUUUUAAGUCUCGAAGGAUACCAAUAUCCACGGAUAUUGAUAGACAAAAGCAAUUAUAGUUUAUAAAGGGAUUUAGAGUUAUAUGCAUAUCAAUGUUUAUGUACUGUUAUGUGCAUGUUACAAGUUUAAUGAAAUUAACGAUACCUCGGUGACGAAACUUAUUUUUGAAAUUGUAUUUCUUUUUAAGAAGAAAUUGUUAUAUGUACAGUAAACAGAGUUUACGAUAGUGUUGUGUCUAAUAACGUUCUAAAAAGAAUGCUAUAAAGUAUAAAAAUCGUGUUUACUCGUUAUGUUUGUGAAAGUUUGAUCGUGUAAUCCUUUAAGAGUUAUAUGCGAAACUGUAAAUAUACGCAAUGUAUUUCGUGCAUAUGUAUUUACCUAAUAAAAAGUAAUGUGAGCAUAA